AUGUGUAAAUUCCGAAUCUCCGUCAUGCUUUGCGCCUGCAGAGACCCGGCCUGCAUUAGAAAAACGGACGACCUAGGCCAGCUCGAGAGCGAAGUGAUGCAGCAGAAUGGUGGCCACAUCCUCUGGAUUAGCACGUAUCUUAGAGAAGGCCCUUUGUGCUUGGGCUAUUUCACCAACGAAGACCCCGAUCGACUAGUCGUCAGACAUGGUAUGGAUCCGAACAAUGGCAACAGUAAACAAGAUUGCAAGAAUCGCGUUAUCGUCAUCGAUCCAGCCAUCAAGAGAUGUAUUGUCAUGUGUAAUCCUUGUCGAGCUUAUUGUGAACUCGGUCCGCCUUCGCCAGGCUCUAUCAAAAGUCAGGAGGAGUAUAUAGAUUUCAGUCGUCUCGCCGAAGAGAUAUAA